AUGGGGUCUCUCUAUCGUUCGGAAGAAAUGCGCUUCUGUCAGAUUAUCGUUGAAAGAGAUGCCGCUUUCUCGGCGGUUGCUGAAUUGGGAAAGUUGGGGAGUGUUCAGUUUAAAGAUCUGAAUCCCGAUGUGAAUUCUUUUCAACGAAUGUUCGUUCGAGAUAUCCGACGUUUCGAUGAGUUGGAAAGAAAACUUAGAUUUCUCGAAGGUCAAAUCAACAAAGAUUCGAUUGCGAUUGGAGGGAAAUGUGACGAUGGAGAUUACACUGUUCUCCCCACCGCUGAACUCAAUCAACUUGAGCAAACAUUGACGGAUUUGGAGAGAGACGUCAAGAAUAUGAAUGACUCGGAUACGAUGUUGAGAAGAAAUUAUGAAGAGCUACAGGAAUGGGAGAGUGUUCUUGUGAAAACCGAUGAGUUCUUUGCGGGGGGUCUCGAUGACGCUGCACAGGAGGAGUUGUACAUUCAGGAGGAUCCCGAUGCGCAAAGGGAGAAAAAUCCCGUCGAAUAUGUGGUCGGAGUGAUUAAACGUGAUCGAAUGAUGGCUUUUGAGAGGGUUUUGUGGAGAGCCUGUCAUCACACAGCUUACGUCAGAAGUUCCGAUAUUGAGCAAAGCUUUGUGAAUGCGACAACGGGUGAGAAAGAUCAACGAGCGGUGUUCAUCAUUUUCUACAAAGGAGAUCGUUUAAAGACGAUCAUUGACAAAGUUUGUGAUGGAUUCAAAGCGAAAGUGUUCAAGAAUUGCCCGCAAACAUCGAAAGACCGUCAGGCUGCCGCAGCUGAUGUUAGGGCGAGGAAUCAGGAUAUGCAAACGGUGUUGGGCCAAACGCGAGAGCAUCGUUUCCGUGUCCUCCAGGCUGCUGCCAACAACUACAAUCUUUGGCUGAAACAAGUCCGUCUCCACAAAACCGUCUAUCAUAAUUUGAAUCUUUUCACGUAUGAUGGAAUCGGUCGUUUCUUCGUGGCCGAGUGCUGGGUUCCAUUGGCUGACGUGGACAAUGUUCGAGAUGCGCUUGAAAGAGGAGUGGAGAAAACGGGUUCUUCGGUGAAACCGGUGUUGAAUCUGUUGGAGACGAACGAGACUCCGCCAACGUACAAUCGAACAAACAAAUUCACUCAGGUUUUCCAGGGAAUCGUCGACUCGUACGGCAUUGCCUCAUAUUUGGAGUUGAAUCCAGCACCCUACACGAUAAUCACUUUCCCAUUCCUUUUCUCGUGUAUGUUCGGCGAUUUGGGUCACGGGAUUUUGAUGGCACUUUCCGGUUUAUGGCUUGUGGUUCGCGAGAAGGCACUUAUUGCAAGGAAUAUUAAGGAUGAGAUUUUCACCAUGUUUUUCGGUGGUCGUUAUAUUAUUCUCUUGAUGGGUCUUUUCUCGAUCCAUGCUGGCAUUCUGUACAAUGACGUUUUCGCGAAAUCGUUUAACAUUUUCGGGACGAGUUGGGUCAAUCCGUACAACUACACCGAGUUCACCCAUUGGUUCGAGAAUCAAGAGGCACAAAAGAAAGAAGAUAUUCUUAUCGAGUUGAACCCGGACACAGCGUAUCGCCACGAUAUGGGUCCCUAUCCAUUUGGAGUCGAUCCUGUGUGGAAUUUAGCUGAGAACAAGUUGAACUUCUUGAAUUCGAUGAAGAUGAAAUUGUCGGUGAUCCUCGGAAUCUCGCAAAUGACAUUCGGAGUGUUGCUCUCUUUCCAGAACUACAAAUUCCGAAACUCAAAAAUCGAUAUUCUCACAGUAUUCAUCCCACAAAUCGUCUUCAUGUCGUGUAUUUUUAUCUAUUUAUGCUUAGAGAUUAUUAUGAAAUGGUUAUUCUUCUGGGUGAGACCAGGAUAUGUUUUUGGCCAAUAUUAUCCGGGCUCAAAUUGUGCUCCUUCGCUUUUGAUUGGUCUCAUCAAUAUGUUCAUGUUUAAAGGAAGAGACGCUGGCUUUAUUGACAUGUCACAAAAAGGUCCACCUGGUCAACCGGGAAAAACACACGAUGCUUGUUAUUUGGUACAAUGGUAUCCGGGACAAGGUUACGUUGAAGCGAUUCUUGUCCUCAUCGCUGUCACUUGUAUCCCAAUUAUGCUUUUUGGUAAACCAAUUCAUUUCCUUCUCGAGCAAAAGAAGAAGAAAAAAGAAGCCGCGGAAAGAAUUAGUGUUCGCGCGAAUGUGUUGAGCGAAGAGGGUGAGGUGGUGAUUAAUGGAGCUGAUCAUAAAGGAGAUCAUGGAGAUCAUCAAGGAGGCGAUCAUGGUGGAGGAGAUCAUCAUGGAGAGAAUUUUGGUGAUGUGAUGGUGCAUCAGGCAAUUCAUUCAAUCGAAUACGUGUUGGGUUGUGUCUCUCAUACGGCUUCGUAUCUCCGUCUUUGGGCUCUCUCACUUGCCCAUGCUCAGCUCUCCGAAGUUUUAUGGGACAUGGUAUUCGAGAAAGGUUUCCAAAUGUCUGACAAUCGUUAUAUUGGCUCAAUCGCCGUCUACGUGAUUUUCUUUUUCUUUGCCGGACUCACCUUUUCGAUUCUCGUCUUGAUGGAGGGACUCUCAGCUUUCCUUCACGCACUUCGACUUCAUUGGGUUGAAUUCCAAUCGAAAUUCUACCAAGGUCUUGGGUAUCCCUUCCAACCGUAUUCCUUCAAGAGUGCUCUCACACUCGCUGAAAAUACGUCCACCUCGUCAUCUUCA